GUCAUUUCGAGCUGCCCGGAAAGAGGACGCCGGCGCAAGCCUACAAACAGGUUUAAGAAUCGACGGUCCAGCUCCUGUCCAGCAUGCAGGCCCGGCUGAGUCGUCGCGAAUCACCUUCUACCCCGUCCGACGAUCCAUAAGUCGGGAUAGGAGUGCCCCGGGCGUUGUGGAAACAUCAAGAAACCCUAUGUGAGACACGCCAUCAAAGCAGGAUUGCCAUCAUCCCAAGACCAAAAACCCACAGAGUGACCCGAACCACGCAGCCCACGCCUGUUAUCUCGCGAAUAAUUCUCAUUGCAGACGCCCUGUGCCUCGAGACUUGAGACUUGUGUCCCCUGCCACCAACCGGCCGAGAAAGGUUCAAAAUCUCCCAUCAGGCCAUACCUGAAAGGCAAAGGGCUCAGCAGAGGCUUGCAGUGAUGGCCUGACGGCCAUGCGCCUAGGUCUUUCCGUUUGCUGCCGCCGCCGUCUCGCAGGCGUUCAAGCCUCACCUCAGGCCCAAUCGCAUCGAGGUGGUCUUUGGCUGCUGGGCAGAUUGGCCAGUAUCAGACCUGCGCCGCGACUCCGCCCCCAUUGGCGAGAUAUCUUUAGCUGGCGCCACAAGGGUACGCCCCAGACAAAUACUAGGCUCCUUUGAGCUCCCGCCAGGCCGUACCGCGGGCCAAGUCAGCUAUAACCCAAAGCCCUUCUCCAACCAAGCCCCAACCACCGACAAUACGAUAGCACGACGAUUAGAUCUACGACUUGCCGCUGGCGUACCACAUCUCUCUGACAUCCAGCAUUCUGCUGACUAGGAUUUAACUUGAUCGUUGCCUUGGUCUGUUCACUCUUCUCCAGAAUCCAUGCGCAAUGUGUGCGCGAAGUGAAGCCUCGCUACGAACCACUGAUAGUACGACCUCGAUGCCCCUCCUGAUUGGAGAAGACCCUUGGGAGCUCGAAAUUUGAAACAGCUACAUAUCCAGGACAAACAUGACAUCGGUCCUGCGCCUGGGAAGCAAGGACCGUUCGUCCUUCUCGUUCUUCAAGCGACAGAGCUCUGAUAAUACAUCGGAUCUUUCUUCCGACAACCUCGCCCACCGCCUUCCCGCCAUCUCACAUGUCGACACUCGAUCCUUUGCGGAACUAUUCGACGAGUUUAUGAACAAGGAGAUCGACGACGUCCCUGCAGCUCAGGUUCAAACUCGGGCAACACAGUCUCCCAAAUUGGUGAAAGGUAGCGAGUCCACCGGCCCGACCCAGUCGACGGUGGCUAGAAAGGCUUUUGAUACCAAGGUCGACUUUUUGAAAGUUAAUAUCACCAGGAAUGAUUCCACGGCGUCAUCUUGUUAUUCUCAACCAAGCCAAAGGGAUAGUGAUUGCUCACCCUUAGUCACGAGGCAGUCUUCCAGCUCCAGCUACACCCAGGAGCCGUCAUCCGCAAUUCAGAGAACGAUUUCGUUGAAGCCCAAGCCCAUAUCAAUCCCCAAACGUCCGACUCAGGCAUUUGCGAGCAACCUUACAGAAUCUCCUGUAAGCGCUCAGCCUUCACCAUUGAGGGCCAACUCCUCUCUAAUAAGAGUCGUAUCGGUGCCGCCAAACCUCGACAAACCACUUCCUCCAGGCCCAAUCGACAUAAAAAGAGCUUCCACUUCAGCACCGGAUUUACUUCUGCGUCAGCGACCGGUGGAACUUCCAUCUGCUUUUCCGAUCUCAACCACUCACUCCUCUACCGGAAUACAGCGCACGUCUUCUCAACCGGGCAUGAUGAUCUCAGCAAGAAGGGGCUCUGAUGGCGGUGCUGUAUCAGAACUGCCGGCCUGGUCGUCGCGAUCAAGUCGGGAAGCUUCAUCGGAGAGGACUGCCACUCAAGGACACCACAGGAAUCGCUCAGUAUCUGACACGGAGGUGCCGCAUCCCGGACGUUUCGUGAACCAAAUGUCCAGGCGGCACACAGUCGAUAUGCAGAAGCUUGCCUUAACUGCUACCUCUUCCUCCCGCCCAAGUCAAGUAACCCGAAAGCAGAACCGACGUCCGAUCACCGCAGCCACCGCAGAGCGUGUUAUUUACAGAAUCAUGUGCAGCCUCCACAGCGCGCGAGACCUCCAGGCUACUGCGAUGGUCAGCAAAGGCUUUUUGCGAACGUUUCAACGGAACGAAUCAAAGCUAGUAAGCCAUUUGGUUUUCAAGACCUCACGAGCUGCUUGGGAGCUUAGACGGAGCAUUCUCGCUUUGAAAGGGUCGAACGACUUUCUCUUGAAAGAUCAUCGCCGGGACUGCCGAACGCUUGACGCGUUAAAAGCGUUCAUUGUGGCUCAUUGCAGUUCGACCUGCAAGCAAAGCACUCUCGUUGGUCUUCUUGGUCAAGAUGAUGUCAGAAAAUCUCAGAUUGACGAUGCGUUGUGGCGCAUAUGGACCUUCUGUACUCUAUUUGGGAACACAGUUGGUCAAUCUGGGCCCGCGCAGACGGAAAUCGAUUGGCUCAACGGCAGCAGAGCGGCUAGCAACAAACAACUAGGCGCCGGUUUCGCUAUUGGUAAUGGGAAGGGACUUAUGACUCACGAACUUGAGGAUAUGAACGAGAUGUGGCAGUGUUUGCAGAUCCUCAUGUCAGGGUUCCGUGGACGAGAACAAGAAGCCAAGCGAAAUGGGGUCUUUGACAAUUGGCACUUGCGAGACACAACUUCGGAGUCCCAACAUCUCGCGGAGUGGACUUCGUACCUACUCGCCUUAGGUCCUCAAACUGUUCUUUCGUUAUCGAGCUGCUCGUUCGAACAGGCAAAGAUGCUUGGUUUGACAAACUGGCCAGUUCCACAGGCAGGCCAAAGUCGAUCAUCCUUCUUAACCACCGCAAUUGCACAAGUCUACCAAGAAAGGGUGCUCGAAGAUGCCACUCGAAGGGCAGCACGGAUGUCCCUCCGACACAUGCCUGGACAAAUAUCAGUCCCUCGAGUCCCCGUUCACCGCCCAACCAGGUCACUCGACGAGCAAUUGACCCACUUACCUUCCGCGCGCGCCACCAUUCAGUCGCAAUCGUUGCGGAUUGAUACCUCUAGCCCGAAAAGAAGACCGAUCUCUACAAAUGCUCUGGCAGGGGUGCGAUUGGAGAUCCGCCCGGACUGCGAUCCUGCCAAUACUCGACAAGAGAUCCGACCUGAUUGUGAUCCUGUUUCCAGAUCAAACCGGGCUUCCCACCUACUUCCGACCUCCCCCACAACAGAUCCGACAGUCUAUUAUUCGCUUUCAAUGACUUCGACAGCAAGCACCAAACUUGGGGCUACAUUAUUCCCUAUGGACUAUGCCAGUCCCAUACCCCGAGUUCCUUUUCGGGCCCCUGAGCCGCUCGCAGCGAGCGCUUCUGGCGUUGUGGAUCCAGUCGACAAAGCAAUGAACCUUUUAGUCCGUGAACUGGGGUUUGCUGAGACCAGAGCCAGAAAGGCUCUUGCUAUGUGCGAUUCAGGGUCAGGAAUUGAUUUGCAAAAGGCGAUUGAGCUGUUGACUGUCGAUUCAAAGGACACGCAACAAGUGAGCCCCCUGCCCGUGGAGCUGCCUACCCCUGCCAGUGCCGUUAAUGCUGCAAGGCUGAAGAAGCCUCAGCCACCGAAGGCGUACUGCGACGGUCAUUGUCAGCGAAUGCCGACCGUCUCGCAUUCCCGGAACAGAUCUACGGGCACUACCGGUACUGCUACAGAUGUAUCUCUCAGUCCAGUCUCGGCGCUUGGUGAAGAGGAGUGGCAAGACACAAUUUCGCCACUUCUUAGUGCACCAGCAUUGGCUCCUCGAUCGAAGGCGUCUCUGACCCGGGGACCUAGCAAGGCUAAAGCAUGGAAAGUGCUGGGAAUGGACACCCUGCCUAAACGGAAGAACUCGGUGCUUCAGAUUGACGAAUAUCAAGCCAAAGUGGAAAGACGAAAGAGCAUGCGCGCGAACACAACUGGAGGACAGCAAAGCCCGAAGAUCAAAGAGGGACUCGGCAAGAACUUGCUUGGUUUGGGACUUGGUAUCGGGAGUGGUGCUGGAGCGAAAUCGGUGGAGGCUCAACUUGAGCGUGUUCGCGAGGAAGAGAGGCGGAAAAAGGAGAGAAAAGGUACAAGCUGCAUGCCUAGGUAUGCUUGAGAUUGUUGGUUCCCUGUGAACCUAGUGCGGCGCAUGAUCACGUUCAAGAAGGUUCUUGAAGGGUGAGUGGGCGGAGCUGAACAGCGUUUCCUGCGAUCAACAUCGCGUAUUGCCUGCCUCUAUUCUGGCCGCAUUUUCGCUUCUGCAGAUUACCCUCCGGCGUCGGAGGUUCGACCAGGACAUUUGAAGAUAUGACAUGGAUUCGAAGACAGGGGACAAACCCUCCACUCAUUUUGCACAUUAUGACGACUUUCAGAACAGAUUCCGCAUCAGGAACGAGACGACAAGGGAAACGGACACACGACAUAAGGGACAUGACACGAAUUUGCGGAGAUGCAACAAUUGACGACCAACACAUACAUUUUACACUGAUGACAUACACUUCUUGUGCACAAAGGCGCCAGAUUUGAGGCGAAGCAGAAACGAUAUCCAGUAUAUAUCUUUCAUUUGGUUUAUGGGCUCCAUCAGGUUUUUUUGGGUUUCCCCUGCCCGAUUCGAGGAUUUCACACUUUCAUUUGGUGGCUUUCACUCUGCAUUUAUGUUUCAUACCCACUGUCACCUGCUGGAGUUCUCCGGAGGAUAUCUAUAUAUAAAAUUCAAUCACGAGACAUAUGAACCUUCUGGGGACUGAACAUGAAGA